AUGGAAGGUGAUGAUCUCUUUGAUGUCUUUCAGGAGGCACCAGUGGCUUUACCUACCGCUUCUAAUGGAAAUGAUUUGAAAAAACAAGAGAAUAAUAACUCUAAAAAGCGGUCUGCCUCUGAACACAAGGAUGAGCCUGAGGUUAAAAAGGAAAAGAAAUUAGAACAGAAAGCUAAAGAUGAUAAGACUUCAAAUGGUAAAGAAAAGCAUGAAAUAAUGCCCGUAGUCUCUGAUGCAUUAGAGAUAGAAGCUUCAAGAGAAGUUGCUGUAUCCGACGGCUUGAUGCCUGCGGCAGAAAAGCACCAGGGUCAAUUAAAGUUAAGCCAUCAGGUCAGACACCAAGUCGCAAUUCCACCGGAUUAUCCAUAUGUACCCAUUGGUACGCAUAAACGUCAAAAUGAAGCUCGAAGGUAUCCUUUUACUUUGGAUCCAUUUCAAGAUACAGCAAUAUCAUGUAUAGAUCGAAAUGAGUCUGUUUUGGUAUCAGCCCAUACGUCAGCUGGUAAGACAGUUGUCGCUGAGUACGCAAUUGCACAGUCUUUAAGAGAAAAACAAAGGGUUAUUUACACUUCGCCCAUAAAGGCAUUGAGUAAUCAAAAGUAUAGAGAGUUGGCAGCUGAGUUCAAAGACGUUGGAUUAAUGACGGGUGAUGUAACUAUAAACCCAGAUGCUGGAUGUAUUGUAAUGACCACUGAGAUUUUACGAAGUAUGCUUUACCGAGGUUCUGAGAUAAUGAGGGAAGUUGCCUGGGUUAUAUUUGAUGAAGUACAUUAUAUGAGGGACAAAUCUAGAGGUGUUGUAUGGGAAGAAACCAUGAUACUAUUACCAGAUAAAGUUCAUUAUGUUUUCUUAUCGGCCACUAUUCCUAAUGCAAUGGAAUUUGCGGAGUGGAUUGUUAAAAUACAUUCUCAGCCUUGCCAUGUCGUGUAUACUGAUUUCCGUCCGACUCCUUUGCAGCACUACUUGUUUCCAGCAGGAGGUGAUGGAAUUCAUCUAGUUGUGGAUGAAAAGGGAACAUUUAGGGAAGAGAACUUUCAAAAAGCAAUGGCAUCAAUAAGUGAUAUAACUGGGGAUGACCCUUCCUCAUCUGAAAGUAGAGGAAAGAAAGGUCAGACUUUCAAAGGCGGUAAUAAGGAUGGGAAAUCUGAUAUUUACAAGAUUGUUAAAAUGAUUUACAUGAAAAGAUAUAAUCCAGUUAUUGUUUUCUCAUUUUCUAAAAGAGAUUGUGAAUCGUUGGCUCUAAAGAUGUCUAAAUUGGACUUUAAUAAUGAUGACGAAAGGGAAGCUUUAACAAAAAUAUUUAAUAAUGCGAUUGGUUUAUUGCCUGAGUCGGAUAAAGAAUUGCCCCAAAUAAAGAACAUUUUGCCUUUAUUACGAAGAGGAAUUGGUAUCCAUCAUUCUGGACUUUUGCCUAUUUUGAAAGAAAUAAUCGAGAUUUUGUUUCAAGAAGGGUUGUUGAAGGUACUAUUUGCGACCGAGACUUUCUCAAUUGGUUUAAACAUGCCUGCUAAAACUGUUGUCUUCACCUCUGUUAGAAAAUGGGAUGGAAAAGGAUUUAGAUGGGUAUCUGGUGGUGAAUAUAUUCAGAUGUCUGGCCGUGCUGGUCGUAGAGGUCUAGAUGAUAGAGGAAUUGUAAUUAUGAUGAUUGAUGAAAAAAUGGAACCCCAAGUUGCAAAAGGUAUGGUUAAAGGUCAGGCCGAUAGGCUCGAUUCUGCUUUCCAUUUAGGGUACAACAUGAUCUUAAAUUUGAUGAGAGUAGAGGGUAUCUCUCCUGAAUUUAUGUUAGAGCACUCGUUUUAUCAGUUUCAAAAUGCAGCAUCAGUUCCUGUGAUGGAAAAGGAACUAAGUGAGUUAGAAUCCUCUCGUGACAAAAUACAAAUUGUCGAUGAAGCUGAUAUUAAGGAAUACUAUGAGUUAAGAAAGCAGCUUGAAUCUUAUAAAGAUGAUGUAAGAAAAGUCAUGACUCAUCCUGGACAUAUCUUACCUUUUCUACAAUCUGGUCGAGUAAUAAAAGUCAAAAUAUGCGAUAUGGAUUAUGGCUGGGGUAUGGUAACUUCUUUUUCUAAAAGAAGCAAUAAAAAAGGCUCUCCUCAAACCUAUUCAGCGCACGAGGGAUACAUUGUCAACGUAUUUGUAUACAGCAUUUUCGUUGAUUCUCCUGUAAAUCUCAUUAAACCAUUCAAUCCUCUCUUGCCUGAGGGUAUCAGACCUUCAAGAAAGGGAGAAAAGUCUAGGGCAGAAUAUAUCCCAAUCACAUUAGAUUCAAUUCAUGAAAUAAGCAGUGUCCGCUUAAAAGUUCCAGACGAUUUAAGGAGUUCCAGCGCUAAAAAGACGUUGCUCAAAACGAUGAAGGAUUUGCCUAACAAACUUCCGGAUGGCAUUCCAUUGAUUGAUCCUAUUAAAAGUAUGAAGAUUGAGGAUAGUGAUUUCAAAGCACUCUUAAGUAAGGUUGAAGUUUUAGAAUCAAAACUUGAAGCAAACCCUCUUCAUGGAUCUGUGAGGUUGAAAGCACUUUAUGAUGAAUACUCUCAGAAGGUAGCAGUUGAAAAUAAAAUUAAGGGCUUAAAAAACAAAAUACUAGACACUCAAGCUGUAAUACAGUUAGACGAUUUGAGACACCGUAAACGUGUUUUGAGAAGAUUGGGAUUUUGUACUCAAAAUGAUAUCAUUGAGCUUAAGGGAAGGGUCGCAUGUGAAAUAAGCACUGGCGAUGAACUUUUACUAACAGAAUUAAUUUUCAACGGUACAUUUAAUGAUUUGAGUAGUGAACAGAGUGCUGCAUUGUUGUCGUGCUUUGUGUUCCAGGAGAGAUCUAAAGAGGUCCCAAGAUUGAAGCCAGAACUAGCAGAGCCCUUGAAGUCGAUGCAAGAUAUGGCUACCAAAAUCGCAAAGAUUUUAAAAGAGUGCAAAAUUGAUAUUGUUGAAAAAGAAUAUGUUGAGUCAUUUAGGCCUGAAUUAAUGGAGGUCACUUACGUUUGGUGUAAAGGAGCAACAUUCACUCAGAUUUGUAAGAUGACGGAUGUGUAUGAAGGUUCUUUAAUAAGAAUGUUCAAAAGGUUGGAAGAAAUGCUAAGACAAUUGGUUACUGCUGCUAAGACAAUUGGCAAUGUUGCGUUGCAAGAAAAGAUGGAGCAUGCUAUGUCACUUGUACAUAGAGAUAUCGUUUCUGCCGCCUCCUUGUACUUAUAG